AUGGCAGGUGACGAGGCUCCAUUGACCCAGUCCGCUGUGGUAACAGCAUGGGCAUUGUUGCGAUCACACCCCUAUAUCAUUCUAGUUCUUCUUUUGUUUGUACGGCCACUGUAUAAACGAUACUCUUCCCCGCUAAGACAGUUCCCUGGCCCAUUUGUUGCCUCUUGCACUCGCCUCUGGAAAGUUUGGAGCACGUGGACCGGUAAGACAGAGCAGCAUCACAUUGCUUUACACCAAAAAUACGGGCCUGUCGUUCGAAUCGCACCAAAUGAGGUCUCAUUUUCUUCUCCUGAGGCUGCUCUUGAACUUUUCAAAACUGGUAAAGGGUUCCACAAAACCGACUUUUAUGGUGUCUUCCCACCUCCGGAAAAUCCAGAUAUCUUUACCGAGACUCGUGAAUCAGUACAUGGUAUGAAGAAACGAUAUGCAGCAACUCCAUACAGUCUUGCUUCCAUGCAGCAAUGCACAGAUCGCAUUGAAGGCACCGAGCAACUCCUGAUUUCAAAGUUGGACGAAUUUGAUGGUGGACAACGAAUCUGCGAUCUUGGUGAUUGGCUGCAUUUCUUUGCUUUCGACGUCUUGGGCGAAGUUGCAUUCUCCAAAAAGUUCGGCUUCCUGGAAGCUGGUGUUGACGUUGAUCAAGCGAUCAAGACGAUCGACAAUUCUCAAUGGUACAACGGCAUUGUUGGCCAAGUACCUAUCCUCGACCACUUCUUGCGGCGCAAUCCUCUCUGGAAUCUCAUUCCUUUCCUUGCCACAAAAAACGCGCUCGUUACCCGAACGGCACUCGGUCAACUUGAGAAACGCAAUAACCCUCAGGGCGAGAAAGUCGAGUAUCGGGACUUGCUCAAUAGCUUGAUCGAGGCCCAAAAGCUGCAUCCUGAAGCACUUGGACAUGGAGAUGUCUUCGCCAUUGCUCACGGUGCCAUUUUUGCAGGAAGUGACAGCACUGCAAGCACGAUGCAAAGCUUUUUCUGGCAUGUCCUAUCGAACAAGCUAGUCUACGAGAAAUUGGUUGCUGAGAUCCUGGCAGCUGAUCUCUCGGAGAUGGUACAGUACAAUGAGGCACAGAACUUGCCCUACUUCCAGGCAUGCCUGAAAGAGGCCAUGCGCAUCAGUCCCGCAGUAGGGUUGAAUAUCACCAGGAAGGUACCAGUUAAUGGUGCUGAAAUUGACGGGAUCAAACUGCCGGGCGGGGUGUCAGUAGCCAUCAAUGGUUGGGUGCUGCACCGACACAAAGGUAUAUUUGGCGAGGACGCAGAAAUCUAUCGACCGGAGCGAUGGAUAGAAGGCGACAAGGAGAAAAUCAAGAUGAUGGAAAGAUGCAUGUUCCAGUUUGGUGGUGGUUCCCAUGUUUGCAUCGGACGACAUCUCGCGCUCCUUGAAAUGAACAAGAUUCUACCACAGCUGAUACGGAGGUUCGAUAUCCAGCUUGUGAACCCUGGCAAACCACUCGAGCACCACUCCAGCUUUUUCGUAGUCCAGUGGGGCUUGUUGACAUACUUGAAGCUCAGGCAUACUGCAUAA